ACCCCUGCUCCCGACGAUCCGAGACCGAGAGAGAGAGAGAGUUUGCAUGGUUUGCGGCGCCAAGAAGCUCGUUAAAUAUGGACAUCCUGGAUCACUCGGACGAUGAGGAGGAGCAGGGCCGGUACGCCACCAGCAGCGGCAGGAGGCCAGGCUCCAGGUUCGGCGCGCGGCGGCUGAAGCGCAGGCCCGGCGGAAGCCACCACCACUCGCUGCUCAUGGACUGCGUCGGCGGCAGCGGCGGCGACGUGGACGGCGCGUCGGAGGAGACCGUGCCGCUGCCGGACUACGAGCGGCUCUCACAAUCCACGCGCCUCCCUGAAGACCCUCCCGGUGACGAUGCCAAGAACCCGCCGCCGGCUCCGGUGGCGCCGGAGCAGCUGAAGGCGCCGGCAAAGCAGGCGGCGGCGUCCCCGCCGCAGCCUCCCCCGCCGCCGCCGACAACGCAGCAGCAGCAGCAGAAGCCGGCGGCGUGGAGGCUGAUCGAGUACGUGCGGUCCAGGCACAAAUCGGGGGGCGCCGGGGCCGCCAGCGGGUGCGGCGCCGCGUCGGACGGCGACUCGAAGAGCUCCGAGGAUGGCAACGACGGCAGCGAGGACGGGAAGAAGGACAAGGCUAAGAAGAAGAAGCGGUCGUCGUGGCUGCCGGACCCCGACCGCCGGUGGCCGGUGCAGGGCUUCUACUAGCGAGCGCGAGCUCGCGUACGCCGUCCUCUUCGCAGUCUCGUCGGUCAAAGUAAAAUCGUUAAAGGUCAUGAUGCGUCUCUGACUCGUGCAUUGGUCCAGUUUUUCUCUUCAUUUUCCUUCGUCUCGCUGUGGGUUUGCAAUUUGCAAUGCCAAUGCAUGGAGAAAAAUUAACAAACAUGGCAUGCUUUUGGCCUGUAUGACAACAAUGUAAUAAUCUUUUCUAGAAAUGCAAGGCAGCAUCUUUUCUCCACA